GAAAAUGUUGCUACACGGGGCCUUUUAAAACAUAGUAAAACGUUUCAAAACGCUUCGUAGCAAUUUAAUCCUGAUCCACAUGAAGAGUUAGUAAGAUAUAAAUUUUAAUACAAAUACGCAAAACAAGAAAUUCUAAUUUUCUGUCAGUUUGGAUAAAAUAUUGAAUAAAAAUGGGAUCAAGGGCCGAGGAAGUAAUGAACGAUGAGCGCUUCAGUCAGGUGAUGAAGGACCCCAGAUUCUGGGAGAUGCCUGAGAAAGAGCGCAAGGUCAAGAUUGAUAAAAGAUUUCAAGGAAUGUUUCAUGAAAAGAAGUUUAAACUGAAUUAUACUGUGGAUAAGAGGGGAAGACCAAUCCACCACAGCACAACAGAGGACCUGAAGCGUUUUUAUGACUUGGACUCGGAUGAUUCUGACUUGGUUGAUGAUGAAUGCAGAAAGACCAAAAGAAAAGAGCUGGGGAAAAAACUGAAAAAAGGAAGAAAAAGUGGUUCCAACAAAACUCUGGAAGGUAGCAUGAUGAUUGACAAAAAGGAAAAGCAGAAUUUACUGAAAGGAACAAAAUCAAAAAAAGUAGAAAAACUGGAAACUGAGAUGCUUUGUGAUAAUAUCAGGACUGAUUUUAACAAGGAAAAGCUUAAAACAGCAAGUGACAAGAAAGUAUUGAAAGAUGAUGAUUCUGAAGGUAGUGAAGAAAUGGAGCGACCCAAUGAAAAUAAAAAUAAAUCCGUUUCCACCCUUAAACUGCCAAAGAAAAAUAUUAAUAGAAAUCAAGAAAGAAUAAAACCAUUAGUAACAGAGAAGAAUACAGUUAAAAUAUGUGUUUCAGAAGAUGAUGCUGAAUUAGAAGGUGAUACCAGUGAAGAUGACAUUAAUGAUGAAGGUAACUGGAGUGGAAGUGAAUCUUCAGAGUCAUUUAGCCAAAGUCGGGAGAAGGAAAAUGAAAUCACAGCAGACAGUGAAGAUGAAGAAGAGUUUUCAGAAGAGGACAGUGAAAGUGACAGUGGUCCUGACUUGGCCAGAGGAAAAGGAAAUAUUGAAACAAGCUCUGAUGAAGAUGACUAUUUUGAUGAUCCAUUAGUAGAUGAGCCAGAAAUUGAGCACAACUGGGGAGAGCUGGAUAAGGAAGCUCCACGUGGAGAUUCGGUCACUCGUCGAUUUGCAGUUUGCAACAUGGACUGGGAUAAAAUAAAGGCAAAUGACCUGAUGGUGCUAUUCAAUUCUUUCAUCCCCAAAGGUGGUGCUGUGUUGUCUGUGAAGAUCUACCCUUCAGAAUUUGGAAAGGAAAAAAUGAAAGAGGAGGAAUUGCAUGGACCUGUGGAAUUACUGGGCAAUAACUUACCAGAAAAUGCAGAUGAAGACACGAGUGAGCAAAGAAUUAUCAGGGAAAAAGUCCGAGAGUACCAAUUCAAAAGGCUGAAAUACUAUUACGCGGUAGUGGAAUGCGAUUCUCUUGAAACGGCUAAUAAGCUUUAUGAGGAAUGUGAUGGGAUGGAGUAUGAAAGCAGCAGUUCAUUUCUGGAUCUCAGGUUUAUACCAGACGAAUUAACAUUUGAAGAUGAGCCAAAGGAUGUUGCUGCAGAUGUGAAUUUGGCAGCAUACAAACCAAAAUAUUUCACUUCAGCAGCACUCAGCUCAUCAAAGGCAGAGCUAACGUGGGAUGAAACUGACCAUGAGCGUGUUGCUACAUUGACAAAGCGAUUUAAUAAGGGUGAGAUUACGGAGAUGGAUUUCACUGCCUACUUAGCUUCUUCAAGUGAGGAAGAUGACGAUGCAGACAUAAUGGAGGAAGAGGAGUCACAACAAGAUAAAGAUGUAAGAAGUGUGACAGAAAGUAAAAUGACAUCUAAGACAAAAAAGGAUGAUGAACAGAUUUCAAAAUAUAGAGAGCUACUGAAAACAAUACAGGGAAAGGAAGAAAAAAAUAAAGACAUGGAAAUGGAGAUCACCUGGGUUCCAGGUCUAAAAGAAACAACAGAAGCAAUGGUAAAGAAGAAACUGGAGAAUCAAAACAAAUUGACACCUUGGGAGCAAUACUUGGAGAAAAGAAAGGAGAAGAAGCGGGAGAAGAGAAAGAAAAAGAACAAAAUGGAAGAUCAAGAGGUUAAAAAUACAGAGGAACUGAGUGAGGAUGAGAUUCCAUCUGAUGUAGAUUUAAAUGAUUCCUUCUUCACAGAAGAACUGGGGCAGUCAGCACCACAGCAGAAGAAAGUAAGCAAAAAGAUCCAAAAGUCAAGGAAUAAACCUCUGACAGCAGAAGAAGAAGCCAGCUUAGAGAAAGAAAAGGCGGAAAUGGCCUUGCUGUUGAUGGAUGAUGAAGAGGAAGACCGAAGACAUUUUAAUUAUGACAAAAUAGUGGAACAACAGAAUCUUAGCAAAAAGAAAAAGAAGAAACUAGUUAAAAAGCAAGGGCUCCUUGAAAAAGACAACUUCCAGGUGGAUGUUGCUGACCCAAGGUUUCAAGCCAUUUAUACUUCACAUCUGUUCAACCUGGACCCUUCAGACCCCAGUUUUAAGAAGACCAAUGCCACACAAUCUUUUCUGCAAGAAAAGUCAAGGCAGAGACAAGAGCAGCAGAAGCAGGCAGCAUCUCUCACAAGAAAGAGUGAAAUUACUGGAGAGGAAACAGUGACUGUCAAGAAACCUGUGGACCAUGGACUUUCCUUGCUUAUAAAAUCAGUGAAAUCGAAAACCGAGCAAUUUCAAGCCCGAAAGAAACAAAAAACUGUGUAACGGAACCUGUGUACAAAGAUUUUAAAAAAUUUACUUAGUAGAAACAGUCUUCUAAGUCUUGGAUCUUGAAGAUGUGCAUAUUUGUAAUACUGUAUGGAAUCAAGUUUACUAAAAGUAAAUUAUUGGGAUAAUUUUAUAAACCUGCCAGAGUUCAGUGUGUACCACUUGACAGCUUUAUUGUAAAUUUAUGAUUCAUGAGAUCCUGAAGGACUAACAUCAUUGUUAACUAUAUUGCUGUCAUUUUACCAACAGUUGUGCUUCAAUUUAACUCUUCCCACUGCUAGGAAUUGAGCUUUAAAGAACUGUGGGCAGUAGUUCUUUUUUUUAUUGUUCAUGUCCACAUCCCCAAAUGUUCUUUGAUCAUGCUAAUAUCCAGACGUAUUUCUAAAAUGCCACUUGACAUCAAUAGGAAGGUGCUGUCUGUUUGAAAAAAGGCUAUAUGGAAAGCAAACAGAAAAUAGCUAAAGGUCAAAUAGUGGAGAUUAAUUUCAUGAAAGUCUUUAAUUUCUGUCAGAUCGAAAUUCAUAAUGUUAAGGAAAAAUGUGAGCCAGGGUUUUUUUUAUUAUAUCCAUUUUUUCUUUAUGUUCAUUAACAAAUCAUUAGCAUUUGAAAACUUACAGAAUUAGAACAAAGAUUCUCCAUGUUGUUCAAGUCCAUUUAUAUUCAACCACGGUAGCCACUUUAAAUUUAACAAAACAGAACUUUGUAACAGUACAUAAUAUUUUAUGAAAGCUCUGUUAUAAUAUAUGCCUAUUAGUGAAACUGUGUUUCUUAGGAACUUAUUGAGAAUUAAAAGUUGUGCAACUGUGA